CAGGAGGAGGACACACCGACAGGAGGCGGCGGAGGCGGCGGCGGCGGCAGCGGCUGCUGCUGCUGCGAAUAGGGAAACCUCAGCAGGAGCAGCGGGUGAACUUGGGCGCCACAUUCCCAGGGAAGGACGGACUCGUGAGGAUGGUGUGCGCGAGCUGCUGACCCUUCUCCCGCCUGCCGCCGCUGCUCCUCCCGGGCUAUCGGGAGUGAAGUGCGCCUUCCUCCUCUGUCUUCUUUCACAGCCCCAGCCGGCCGGCUGUGGGUGAACCUGCAGGGCUCUUCACCCAGCCCCAGGACUUUAUUUUAAAAAUUUUUAUAUUUUGAAAAAGGAGAACCGUUUUGGAACUAGAGAGGGAGGGUGAGAGAAAAGGACGGAGAGGAGAGAAAGAGAAGGGGGAGCUCGUCCAUCCAUUGAAGCACAGUUCACUAUGAUCUUACUCACAUUCAGCACUGCAAGACGGUUGGAUUUCGUGCAUCAUUCCGGGGUGUUUUUCUUGCAAACCUUUCUGUGGAUUUUAUGGGCUACAGUCUGCGGAGCAGAGCAGUAUUUCAAUGUGGAGGUUUGGUUACAAAAGUACGGCUACCUUCCACCAACAGACCCCAGAAUGUCGGUGUUACGUUCUGCAGAGACCAUGCAGUCAGCUUUAGCUGCCAUGCAGCAGUUCUAUGGCAUUAAUAUGACAGGAAAAGUGGACAGAAAUACAAUAGACUGGAUGAAGAAACCUCGGUGUGGUGUGCCUGACCACACUCGAGGUAGCUCCAAAUUUAAUAUUCGUCGAAAGCGAUAUGCACUAACAGGACAGAAGUGGCAACACAAGCACAUUACUUACAGCAUAAAGAACGUAACUCCAAAAGUAGGAGAUCCUGAAACACGUAAAGCUAUUCGCCGUGCCUUUGAUGUAUGGCAGAAUGUAACUCCCUUGACAUUUGAAGAAGUUCCCUACAGUGAAUUAGAAAAUGGCAAAAGGGAUGUGGACAUAACGAUCAUUUUCGCAUCAGGUUUUCAUGGAGACAGUUCUCCCUUUGAUGGAGAGGGAGGCUUUUUGGCACAUGCCUACUUCCCUGGACCAGGAAUUGGAGGAGAUACUCAUUUUGAUUCAGAUGAACCAUGGACCCUAGGGAAUCCUAAUCAUGAUGGAAAUGACCUCUUUCUAGUUGCAGUUCAUGAAUUAGGACAUGCUUUAGGGUUGGAACAUUCCAAUGAUCCCACAGCUAUCAUGGCUCCAUUUUACCAGUAUAUGGAGACCGACAACUUUAAACUACCUAAUGAUGAUUUACAAGGCAUCCAGAAGAUCUAUGGUCCACCUGACAAGACCCCUCCUCCAACAAGACCUCUACCAACAGUGCCCCCACACCGCUCUAUUCCUCCACUAGACCCACGGAAGAAUGACAGGCCUAAGCCUCCACGGCCUCCUACUGGCAAACCUUUCUAUCCUGGAGCCAAACCCAACAUCUGCGAUGGGAACUUCAACACUCUUGCCAUUCUCCGCCGAGAGAUGUUUGUUUUCAAGGACCAGUGGUUUUGGCGAGUGAGGAACAACAGGGUGAUGGAUGGAUACCCCAUGCAAAUUACUUAUUUCUGGAGAGGAUUGCCUCCAAGUAUUGAUGCAGUAUAUGAAAAUAGUGAUGGAAAUUUUGUCUUCUUUAAAGGUAACAAAUACUGGGUGUUCAAGGAUACCACUCUUCAACCAGGUUAUCCACAUGACUUAAUAACACUUGGAAAUGGAAUUCCCCCUCAUGGAAUUGAUUCUGCCAUUUGGUGGGAAGAUGUGGGGAAGACCUACUUUUUCAAGGGUGAUAGAUAUUGGAGAUAUAGUGAAGAAAUGAAAACCAUGGACCCUGGCUAUCCAAAACCUAUCACAAUAUGGAAAGGUAUCCCAGAUUCUCCUCAGGGAGCCUUUGUACACAAAGAAAAUGGCUUCACAUAUUUCUAUAAAGGGAAAGAGUACUGGAAAUUCAAUAACCAGGUACUUAAGGUAGAACCUGGGUAUCCCAGAUCCAUCCUCAAGGAUUUUAUGGGCUGUGAAGGACCAACAGAUCGGGACAAAGAACGACAUAGCCCACAAGAUGACGUAGAUAUUGUCAUCAAACUGGACAACACAGCCAGCACUGUGAAAGCCAUAGCUAUUGUCAUCCCUUGCAUCCUGGCCUUAUGCCUCCUUGUAUUGGUUUACACAGUGUUCCAAUUCAAGAGGAAAGGAACACCCCGUCACAUACUGUACUGCAAACGCUCUAUGCAAGAGUGGGUGUGAUAAAGGGCUUUUUUCCCCUUUCUUUCCCAGGAGUUUGUGGUAACUUGAGAUUCAACACAAGAGCUGUUAUGCUGUUUCCUAGCUAGGAGCAGGCAUCCAUCAGCCUGGAUCAGGGCUGAUCUUUAAAACCCAGGGGGUCGCCUGUCCUGCGCCUGAGUGUGAAUUCACUCAUAUGGGAAACUUCCAUGACACACAGUAUCUGCCGUUUCUUCAGUCCUUUGUCUUUCUUCGUCAUUCAGUUCUAGGCCUUUCCUCUGCACGCUCAAUGCCCAGUACACUUUUAGGACUAACUAAAGAAGAGGAAAAAGAAGAAAAACAACAACAACAACAAAAAGAAGAUUCUUCUUAAUGGUUUCAAACAUUAUCCCCUACUUUAACCCCCUCUGAGCCACCAGAAGCUUAAUCACAUUUCUGGAGGGGGUAAAAAAAAAGUUUUUGCUUAAAAAAAGUUUUCAACAAGACAACCCAUAAUUGAACUUUCAGGAAAGUGUGAAGACCCAAAACAGCUUUGUCUCCAAAGAGGAUUGCUUUCUGUCUGCUAUGGAUCUAGUCCUUUACUCCUACACGUAAUUUUUUUGUCUGGUGGGAGACAUGGAUGACACAUGCAGGACGCUAGACUGUUUGGACAGCCAUUUUCCAACCAACAAGGGGCCAAAAUAUCUGCAAUAUAGUGACAGCCUUAAUGAUACAUCCAUUUUGCGUUUUAUACAGCUGUUCGGAGCUAUGUCCUCAAUGUUUUAUCACAUUUAUAUCCAUAUAACUAAAUUCAAACAGAACCUUUUCAUUGUUUUGAGGUGUUUCUUUUUUCCCCUUUUUAUCAGCUACUAUACUUUUGUUGUUGGUACUUCCCUUCUACCCCCACAAGCUGUAUGAGGCCAAUUGCCCCAGGCCUUCAUGGGUCUGUCAGUAACACUCAUUUACAAAGCAUAGCAAGAAGCAGUAUGUCUCUAAAGUGGAUUGCAGGGAAUUUAAGUAGCAGUGAUUCUUACCAGGAAAUGUGACACUAGUAUUACAUUGGUGUAACCCUUUGAGAACUAUAAUAUCAGUUUUCAGAGUCUUAGGAUGCUAAUCUGGGGUUCUGUUAAAUUACAGGUCCGGGUAGUGGUAUAUACAAACAUAAGUUCAUGAAGUUCAAGGCUUUAAAACAGAUAUCCUUUGAUCACAAAAAAGUACAUAAAAAUUCAUGUAACUGCUAAAAUGAAAUUAUGACCAAGCAACAGGAGAGAUGACAUUUGCCAAAAACCUUUCUGGCAAAGAAAAGAAAAAUAAUUUUAAUAUCAUCUAGCAUUCUACCAAUAGAUUCUAAAAACUAAAGAAAUAAAACAACUGGCUACAAUUUUAUAACUUAAGUCUUUUUAUCUUAGACAUAUUGAAUUUCUGUUUCAAAUUCCAUUGCAUGAAAAUUCAAUUUGUCUUGGUAUAUGAUUACAUGCAAGUAAGCAUUACAGUUUCAAAAGUAGACCAAUGAAAUGACUCUGAGGUUGCAUGAAUAUUCUCCAGUGCAUUACUUACUGCAUGUUUCCCAAAGUUCUCAAAGGGUUGGCAAGACUUGUGGCUUUUAGCUGUCCGUUCCAUCACUGACAGAGCCAAGGGACCACCAAAGCAUUUCAUUGUUGAGUGUGAUUUGUCCUAACAGCAGUAUUGUCAUUUUCAUGAGACCUGCAGAGCGGGUUUGUAUCAAUAUUUUUUUCCUAGAGAAAAGUCAGCAACUGACAGACCUCUUUAUUGAUUUUAGGAACUGCUUCUUGCAGUGAUAGGCUUUACAGCUACUGGGCUGUGAACUUAUUAAAGAUGGUCAGAAUGAAUGCACCCCAUGAGUCAGAUUCUGGCUUUGUGUGAAAGCCAGGCUUGGAGGGGAAUUGCUUUUGAAACAAUGAACAGCUUGCCUUGAACUUGAUUAUUGAUCUGUUGACUGUCAUUAACCACAACUUAAACAUUGUCUUCUGUGAGAAAUUUCCUAGUAGAGUACUAUUCUUUGUCUUUACCCUUUGACCUUUAACUUGCAAACUGGCACAAGUGAAGGGGAUUGCAAGAUCUGAUGUUACUAAUAAAUCUGGAUUGUUAAUUUGCUUUCUAAAAACUGGGUAAUCACUAUCCAAAUUCUCAGAAAAGUAUGAGCUGUUUUUUAAGGAAGGGAAGAAAAGGAAUUGAACACACAUCUAUCUGCAGGUGGGCAUUUUGCCAUCAGUACAUGCACACUCUAAAGUUAAACUAUAAGUAGAAGUGACUUUUUAUUUGGUGUUCAUAUAAUUUCAUGUCCAAAUUCAUCAUUUUACAAUGACAUACAAAGUUACAGGAAAAAAAAUAACCUCAAAUACUUGAAUGGCCAGUGUGGCUUUUAUAUAAAGCAGGAAUUUUAUACUAGUCAAAAAGAUUUCUUACUAAUUUGCUAAUAUACAUUACUGGAUCGUUUUUAAUGAGUGUAGGUUUGCAUUAUUGUUUGGAAAUGGCUAGCUGGCUGCCUUGAAUUCAUAUUUAUACUCAACAUAGCAUGAAAAUUAGUAUGUUCUUUCGUUUGUUUGUUGAACUACAUGUUUAUGAUUUGGUCAGAGGACUACAUUGUAAUCAUGUGCAGCAUGCUGAAAAGCCUUGCGAAAAUUUCUUAUGGAAUAAACAGAUAUAAUAUAUAUAUAUGUGCAAGGAUAAAGAAAAUGAGCAGUUAGAAGAAAAAAAAAGGUUAGAACAAAACAAUAUGUAGACCAGGAUUCAUUCUGGCAAGAUUACCAAUGUGAGGGCAAAGUAGAUCAAGGGAUUGCACCGGAAUCAGCCUAUAGCAUUGCUUUAAUUCUUCCACUCAAGUUGCUGCUGAUAUAGUAGAGUUUAUUCACUAUUAUAAAACAUCAAAUAAUAUUAUAUGAUCAUAAUUAUGCAGUAUCUUGCAUGUAGAUUUUUUAAAAAUUAUUUUUUUCAAUUUUGUGUCAAUGAGCAAAAAAUCCUGGAAAUUAGGAUUUGCUAAGUAUAUAUAUUUUAAAAAGAAUUCCACAUCAUUUUUGGACAUAUAAAAACAACUUAUGAAACUUCAUGCAAAAUAAUUCAUUUGAUUUUUCAUCCAAAAAGAGAAAAGUGCUGCCUUAUUCAUCUGUUGUCAAUUUUUUGAAAAGUACACAAGACUAGAAAACAGGUAUAUUAGACAGGCAAAAAUAAUUUUUGAGUGUGUAUUUGUGUGUGUGUGUGUGUGUGUGUGUGUGUCUGACUUCUAGCUCACACCAAUGGAUGAAUUUAUUUUGGUAUAUGCCUAAGUAAGAGAUAGAAUUAUGUGGCCAGAAAAAGAUUAUGUGUUAAACUUUACAUGGAAUGUGUAGUCCUAGUUAGAGUAGAAAAAAAAUCAUGCUGGGAGACUACCAGAGAGAUAAGGGAAGAAAGAGAAAAGGACAACUUCAAUCUAAUCAUCACUGAUUCCUUUCCAGGACUUUAUUUUUAUUACUGGAAAGGAGGCAUUUUUUUCAGGCAAUUAUUAGUACCACCAUUUCCCUUCUCCUUUAGAGUGGGGGGAAAUAUCCUAUUGGAGUACUUAAAGUGAGAGAACCUAAUUGUCUAAUCAUAUAUCAGUAGCCACUCUGUGAUUGAGUAUGAAUGUCCAUAGGCCAUCAUCUAGGGGGAAAAUGAUCUAUUAAUAGAGACUCUCAGCACUCAAGUCAGUCUGUCUAACAUGAUUCCAGCUAUCCAUUCACUGGUGGCAUGAGCUUCCAAGUUCUAGAGUUUCUAAAAUUGAAAUGAAAAUAGAUCAGAAACCAUAAUGAUGCUAGCCAAACAUUUUCUUUGUUGAUGUUUCGUCAUUUCUCCAGUCAUGUACCUGUUACACUGAAUCCAAAAUAUUACUCUCCAUAUUGUUAUCAAUAGUCCUAGAAUCAAUAGUCUGCAUGGUUUCUGUUUCAGUAGAAUAUCAUUAACUGCCUUAGAUAAAAGUAUUUCCUGUUGCUGAUCAGCAUAUAAUUUCUACAAAACACAGUUGUUAUUCAGAAGUAUACCUUCAAUUUCAGAAGUUCUCAGAAUGUUGCUUAGAGCAGUGAUACACAGCACCAUAAGUCUUCCCAGAACUGGCAGUAUUGACAACCCAUAUGAAAACUUAUAUGACCACCCAGAAUUGGCAGUAUUAGCAGAAUUGGCAGCCUAUAUGAAAACUCUUUAAUUUACUGCAAUAUUAUAGCCAACUUAGUGCAUACUAUGUGGCACUAAAUUAAACAAGUUUGUGCUCUAAAUCAGAAGGCAACAUUAAUCCAAGUAAAUGGAAAAAUAUGUGUAAUAUACAACAAAAUAGUAAGAACAUGCCAUCCUAUUAAAAUAUACAUACUACUUUUUCUAGUCAAUUAAAAUAAAUCCAAUUCAGUUCAACAAACAUUACUAGAUUCUAGGAGUACAGAUAUGAUAAGUGAUUCAAGAGGUAUACAAGAUAUUGGACAUUACAAGCAAUGCAUAAGAAUGAAAGGCAGAAUGUCAUAAUCACAAAGGAAAAGUUCAGAUAAGUCUUACAAGAAGAAUGAUGGGUGAGAUCAUAUUAUUCGGUGUAUACAUAUUAUUUUUGUUUCACUUCUAAUAAUUGCCAUUAAUGGUGAUUAAAAAGGGGGAGACUCUACCUCUUAACUCCCUGUUAGUAUGGUAAGAUUGGAAAUCCCUGGAAUAUGUGUGCACACAUGCAUAUACACACAUAUACACAUGCAUAUGUAUGUGCAUGUACAUAUGUGUACAUACACAUGAAUAUGUAUGUGCAUGUGUGUUUUAUGUGUGUGCUUAUGUAUACACACUUGAUUGUUGAAUGUGAAGAUAUUGCUUUAGCAAGUUAUACAAAUGUUACAGUAUCUUUAACCAUAUGUGGAAUAGAUUCAUAAUAUUGCAACCUUAGGUGCAGCACAAAUGCAUCCCAACGUAUUUGAGAUGUUACAGUACAGCUGCCAAUAAGUACACACAAGACAUAAACUUUGAAAUCAGAAUGUUGUCUGUGGGGGAUUUUGUGUUAUAAUAAUUGUGAAUGUGGAGUUAAUGCAAUAUAUUAUGUAUGAAGAAUAUGUGAUAAGAAAGGGGUUUCAGAAAUAUUUGCAGAAAUUAGUAGAAUCUGGGAUUGAUAUUUAACUGCUGUUAUGAGCAAUCAGAGGAACAACCAUGUGAAUGGGAUGAUAACAAGGCUUUUUUUUGGGGGUGAGGCAAUUGGGGUUAAGUGACUUGCCCAGGGUCACACAGCUAGUAAGUAUUAAGUGUCUGAGGCCAGAUUUGAACUCAGGUCCUCCUGAAUCCAAGGCCAGUGCUCUAUCCACUGUGCCACCUAGCUGCCCCUACAAGGCUUUUGAUAGACAUAGUAAAGCACAAGGCUAUUUUUGUUACACUUUCAAGAGUAUGUAUACUUCAACAUAUCACAAAUGUCAAACACCAGUGCCCUCCAUAUGGGAAUUGUUAAAUGUAUUUGAUGUUUAUACUGUUAAAAACUAGCCCUCUGUUUACUCUUUUUUGUUGUUGUUGUUUUUUUGUUUGUUUUUUAAUGAGGCAAUUGGAGUUAAGUGACUUGCUCAGGGUCACACAGCUAGUAAGUGUUAAGUGUCUGAGGCCGGAUUUGAACUCAGGUACUCCUGACUCCAGGGCCGGUGCUCUAUCCACUGCACCACCUAGCUGCCCCUCUGUUUACUCUUAACACUUAAUAUCUCCCUACCUGAAAAGUCAUCCCAGGAAGUACUUUGUUUUUGUUAAUGAAGUUUGAAUACACUUGUGAACAAACAGUUGCUAGCAGAACUUGUGGAUCUAUGUGGCAUUUUCCAAGGUCCUUAUGAGAUAGUGACAGAAAUAUCAGGAAUCUUUUGUCAUUUAAAAAAAAAUAAUAGUCCAGUUGAAGAGAAGGAAGAAAGAGGACAUGGGCAGUGCUAUGAUUGUUAGAAAAGCAAAAUAUUUGUUCAACAUGAUAUAAUGAAAGAUCAAGCAACAUAGUGUAGAUUCUGGAAAAUAAUAGUUCAAUAAAUAUUUGUUGUGUACUUGCUAUCUGCAAGCACUAUGCAAGGAAUGCCAGAUACAAAGAUAAAUGCUCUUCAGUUAGCUACAAAGUGUUUAUCUUCUAGAAAUAUGUAGAACCUAUAAAUGGAUGUAAACAAAAAUCCACAAAUCUCUCAUUAUAACUAAAAAUUCUAGUUUAACAAUUACAUAAUAUUGGAAAGUGCUAUCUCAUGGACCAUAACACAGUGUCAAAUGGAAGCAUUUAAUGUAUGACCCUAGCAAUGAAACUGUAACUAUAAAGUGAGUAGGCAUUCUCCAUAUCACAUUUAACCUCAGUAUCUAUGUAUUAUAUUCCAUUAAUACAUAGGCUAAACCAUCAGCACUGGAUAUCUGUCAAUCUGAAUUGGAAGGAAAUUUCAUUAGAAUACACACUAGAUAAAGCAUUACCAAGAGAUAGAAGCUCUAUUCAAUCAUCUCACAUAAUACCUUUGACAAAACUUGCCUUAAUGAUCUGCCUUUAGGAGCAUAAAAUCUUUGCCUGGUAUACAUUAUUCAAAGUGGUUCAAGUGUUCCAUAAAAUGGUUUUUAAAUGAUUCUAAAAUGGCUCAGGUCAAAUUAAUCAUGUUUAUUUUUAAAAAUAGUUUCUGAUUGCCCUAAGUACAAUAUUUAUUAGUUUCAAAACUUCAGGGAAGAUGUGGAAUUGUAAAAUUCCAUUCAUUUUCCUAAUGGGAAAUUAUAAUGUCACCUUUCUAUUUUAGAUGCAACGAUAAGCCUGGAACAGGAUGUAGCAGGCACAAAGUACUUAGAAAGGACUGAUGUUUCUAUAAAGAUAAGAAGUGCAGGAGUAAAGCUUAGAAGAGAGUUUUUAGUUUCAUUGGAAACUGUAAUGCAAUUUUUUAAAAAAUGUACUCUUACCUAAAGACAGUCAAAGAAAAGAAGAAUACCACCAUAAACAUGGCCAAUAAAUAGUAAACAUAAAAUCUCUCAAAUAUAGAAAAACACAUCUAAAAGCAACUAGUGUAAUCUAUAUAGUUCAGCUUUAUAGAUUUAAAAUUUGUGUCAUGAAGUUAUUGAUUUUAUUGAACAACUGAUGUUGCUCUAGAGACAUUACCUGAUUGUGUCCUCAAUGUGCCAAUAUUUUGAAAGGUACAUUAAGUAAUGCUGAGCAAAGGAAAUAUAAAUGGAAUGUAAAUGUGUUGUGAAUGUUUUCAGACUUGCUUCAUGCACUAUCCCAAAGGUCAACUUACGUGACCUCCAUAAUAUAUAUGAAGUUAAUUAAAUAUGUGAAUGUUAAAGAAAGUAAUUCAAUGUAGGUGAUUGAUCUCAGUUUCCACGAAAGAAGACAUUGACUAUAAGACAUAGUGAGUGGAAGAAGAUAAAUGACAUUGGGAUAAAAUGAAGGAGUUCUUGAUUUCUGAAGAUGUUUCUUGUACAUUUCAUUACCAUUUUUCCACAUGAAAUUUCCGUUCAUAGCAGCAUUCUUCAUGUACACUUUUUUGUAGCACUAUAUCAUUACUUAAAUUAGAGGUUAGAAAUGGGAAACUUUUAACUCUAGCUUUCUUAUAUGCUUACAAAUUACUGUGGUAGAAUUAGUUUGUAGUAAGAUAUUACUAUCUUAAGAUGCUAUUGUCCAUGGAAUAAUUUGAUUCUGUUUGUACACAGUUGUUGGCCAGAACAAUGUUAUUUGAUGCCUGGUAUAAAGCUCAUCUCUGGUGUCACUAGGUUGCAGACCCUGUUUUGUUUUGUUUUGUUUUGUUUGAAUACUCAUUUGCAAUUGUCUUAAAGUUGCUCUACAUCUUUAUGGGUUUUUUUUGUAUUAAUAAUACCAUACCUUUUUCAUUAUUUCUACUUCAAUGGCUGAAGUAACGAUGCAAGUCAUUUCCAUCUCUCCUAGAAAGCAUGCCUGAUCAUCAUAAGGUAUCUCUUAAUUCAGUCUCAUGUUACUCUCAUUUCUUAGCAAACAUAUCAGAAUCUACUCUAUUGCUAUUAUCUGAGAGCAGUUUAGUUAAUUUCCCCUUUGGACAGAAAUUAGGUUUUAAUUUAUUUCAUAUAGAUAUGUAUAUGUGCAUAUAUGUAUGUAUAUACAUAUGGAUACAUACAUAUAUUGCUAUAUAGGUCAUAUGCAGUCCAUCAUUAAAGUUAGAAACACAGUAUAAGUAGUAAUUUUAAAUCUUUGCUUCUUACUCUUCUCAAGCUUACAUUAUUCCUGAGUGUAAGAGCUUGAUUUUAUAUCCCCGUAGUUCUCAUAUUUCUAUUUUACUUCAUACCAUUUGUCACUGGAAAAAUGUACACUCUGAUGGCAGGGUAACAACAUACUGGUAACAAGAUUUGUGUGUGUGUGUGUGUGUGUGUGUGUGUGUGUGUGUUUCAUUCCAUGCCUUUGCAUAAACAUGAGCCACAUUUUCUCUUUUCCAUGAGACCAUUCUCUAUAGGUGUGAUUUCCUUCAGUCCUUCCUGAAAGCCAGAACUCAGGUGAGUGGCUAACUCCACAUAAGGCAGAGGUGGUAACCAGGAAAUUUUUUUCCUUACCUUUCCAUAUGUGCCUACACAUAUUUCAUUGAAAUCACAUGCAUUUUACUCACUUUCAAAAUGUCUUUUAUUGGAAAUUCUGACUGCUUAUGCAACUCUUUCCCUGAGAAUGGUAGAGUGCUGAGUCUGGUGACUAUUAUCUGUUGAUAAGGCAACAAAGGAAGUUUGCAUUUGGAGAAUGUAACAAUUGUGCAUAAAGGUAAGUAAAGAAAUACAGUGCUUUGUAUAUGACAUGUCUUUGCUACAUAAAAGCAUAAUACAUUGAUUCUUAAGUCUCUUUUACUUUAGGUAUAAAAUGCAUAUGUAUUAGAGUGUUGGCACAGUAGGUGCAUUGACUCAUUGGAUAGGAUCUGGUCAGCAUUUCUACUGUAGACCUCUAUUUUCAGGGGCUUAAAAACUCUGCCAUAAAAAGAAAAAAAAUGUUUCAAGCUUAUGAUCUAAGAAGAGCUCCUUUCUGCAGUAUUAUUUUAAAGAAUUUUAUCUUGUUUUUAUAUUAUAGGAGGGAAGUAAAUGUUUACCAGGCUCAAUUAUAAGUCAAUUUAACUUUUUUUUUUAAAAGGGCAGAUGAUAACUUCAUGGUCUUAAGGAGAUAUAGAUCUGGAUUACUGGUAUUUGAAAAUUUGCCUGAAUCAUCAUUACUAUAAAGUUAGUUUCAGGAUGCUUUUAAUCUAGAUAUUUGUAUUAACCCUGCUCAGAUCUCAAUAGUGGAUCACUGUGAGGCUGAAUACAGAUUUAUUGAAUCCCAUUAGACUAUCUAGUAAAGAUUUGCAUAUGUACAUAUAUGUUUAUAUAUAUUUUACUAGGUGAGUUUAGCAUGUUAAAUCCAAUAAAACAAGGUUAUUUCCCCCCAAAAUUGGCACACAUCUAUCUUUCCAAAGGAAAGUCAAGUUUUAGGGUAAUUGACACAUUUUCUAGUCUCCUCUGGAAAAAAAAUCCUUUCUUCCCUUAUUUUUGUUAGGUGAAAUGAGAAGAUUUAAAACCGAGGCAAACAUUAAGUAAAUUUAAUGCUGUGAAGCAGAGAGAAAAAUGGGAAAUUAAAAAUUAAGGCUGGCACUUUGUGAUAUUUCUUAUCAUCUUAAUUUUCAUUCUUCUUGAUACUGUCAGUUUUUAACACAGUAUAAGACAACAUUUAAUCUUUGGGAUGUUUUUGGUUCAUGUUAAAAUCUUAACAUCAUUUCAGUGGAGUUAUUGUUAUCUAUAGUGUUCUGUGUGUAAGCAAAGAAAUACUGAAGCAUUUGUUUGCUUAUUACAAGUUAUAAUUUGGGAAGCAGAAUUUUUUUUGGGGGGGUGGGUUUCUUUUUACCUCUUUUUGCUCACACAGGAUUCUAUACAGUAACCUUCUUAUACCUGGCAUAUGUUAUUCCUUCAGGCAGCUUCUACUGACAAACACAAAGCUUGUUUGUGUGCAAAUGCAAGGCUGACUAAAUGGUGCUAAAGUGUAUUAUGACUGUCAGAUAUAAUCAGGCAAAAUUUUGUGGUGCUUAAACUAAUUUUUCCAUUGAUUUUUAUUGAUCAAUGCAUUGAACAGUGUUUUAUUAUUCACAAGUUGUCUUUUAUUAGUAAAUCAAGGCUUCAUAGUGCAUUGUUAAAUAAAAUGGGUUGAAUAGUCUAUGUAACAGCUCACCAAGCUAUUAUCUCUUUAAUUCCUUAUAAUGUUGCGUCAUUAAAGGUCAAGGGGUCACAAUAUUAAUCUCAUUGCUGUAGACCAUUAACAUGACUUAACAUUUCCAAUCAAGUACUUAUGUUUACAAGCUAUAACCCUUUGACUGCUGCGGCAACCUUUAACCACACCAACGUCACAAGCUAGAAUCAUCAGCAUGGUUCUUGCCAUGGCAAUCAAAGAGUUAAGGGCUGUGCAGUGAUUUGUUUUAUAUUUAUUAAUUUCUAUUUAUUUUUGCUCAUUUUCAUUCAAGGAGGGGAUUUGGGGUGGGGCAGUUCUUGUCUGCUGUAAGUGUCUUAACCAAGGGAAGGGUUAAAAUGGCUUUUUAUACUAUUGCAUCUUCUGUAUUUACCAUCGUUUCAUUGUGUUGUAACUUAAAAAAAAAUCUGUCAAUAAA